AUGAAGGGGAGGGGUGAUACGUUUUUGACGACGCACCGUAUCGUCUUCGUGAAAAAUAGGGACAAGAAAUUCAACGAGGAGUUCUCAAGUAUCGCACUACCUUACACGCAUAUAGACGAGCCACGUUUCAGGCAGCCACUUUUUGGAACAAAUCACCUCGAAGGCACUAUCAGACCGGUCUCUGAUGCAAUAGUUCCAAUCAACAACGUUGCAAAGUUCUAUAUCUACUUCGAAAGUGGAUGUGGGCUGUUUUUGAAAGGAUUCUACAUGUAUUACGCUCGAGUUCGAAACGACCCCGCCUACACGGCCAGCGGACACCCGUUCAGUAACGCACCGGAGUCCCGAAGCGCAUUCAUGGAUCCAAACGAUCCGACGCAUGUUUAUCUCGCGCAGCCUGUAACGGAUGGCGCGACUAGUGCUCCAGAAGAAUCCACAGAAAACGACGAAAACAAGGAAAACGAACAGCAAAACCGCCCUGGAUGGGUGGCAGGUGCUUCACAGGCAGCCAAUACAGGCCGCGCAACACCUGGGCACUCGAUUUUCAAUGUCGAUCGUUUUGGUGAGAAAUGUGAAGGUGCAUCGUCGAUUAUCUGCGGUUAUACCGCUUGUGAGGUGAGUUUGACGCUCAACAGCGUCUAUCCUAUGAGAGUUUGUCUAACACAGCGCAGCACUCUAGCCUUCUACCUCGCACUCAUCGCAUUCCCACUUCUAUCAAUGCUGAGUGAGAAGACUAGUGUCACUGAACAUGCCUAUCUCUACGGAUUCACCCCGGACAGCGUGACAGCCGCAGACCGAAACUUCAUGGUAGACUCCGUAAGGUCCUUAUCGGCGGCUUGUGGGCAGAUACCGACGCGUACAAAUGAGGAGACCGUAGGCAAACCGGGAUUUUCCAAAUGGUACUCUGAACCUCCGGCCAGCACCCCGGCAGUAUACCGGGCGGUAGGCGAGAUCGUUCGUAAACGCAUUCCUACCAUAGAGGUGAAGUAUGUGUUCGACAAAAGUCUGGGUGUUACCGGGAGCUCGGUGCUCUUGCGGCUGAAGUGCGCAAGAUGCUCAUCGAGAGGAGCAUCUCUAGUGGUUGCAACUAUUGACACCGGAACUAAGAGUGCAUUUACCAUGGAUGAUCGAGCGCUACAUUCUUUGCUACAGUUCGACAGUCAGCAGCAGGACGUGCUAGUACUGAUCACUGAGCGCACCCUGCCAUAUUCGGCAGGCACGCGACAGUUCCUUGACGACUACUUUCGCAGUGCCGAAUUCCCCUGGCAAAGCGGAUGGCUUCACCACGCAUUCGCACUAGAUCUCGGUUAUGGGCGCUGUGGUAGCUACGAGUUGAACUACGAAGGGAUAGACGGAUUCGUACCAAAUCCGGACGUAGUGACGUCAUUUUUGUCAAAUGCUGAAAACUGUGGUUUGGACGUCACACUUGCCGGGAUAUGGGAGCGAAUAGGGCGCAUGUCGGCGAAUUCCCGUCCGCAUCUGCCGCACGUGGCUAUGUUGCCGCGCAGUAUCGCAUCGUUCACAGUUACCUGUGCAAGGCAGGCAGGGAAAAGGGAGGACAAUAACGUCGAGAAGCUGUUGAGCACCGUUAUACUCACUAUGAGGAUGCAUAACAACUUGGAUACAGUCCUAGAGCGGAGUUCCAACUAUUAUCAGAUGACAUCGCGUGAUACUUAUCUCCCUGGAACAGUAUACCUUCUCGUCAUACCCGGGAUGUUGCUAGGGCCAACAGCAGAGCUCUUGUACUCAGCCUAUACAUGGGAUUUCCACGUAUUGGCCGCAGCUAUCAGCCUUUUCUUACUAAACGCCUGUAUGGGGCCGUGGUUGUCGUAUAGAUAUCUCGUUGCGGCAGCGGGCACCGGUUUCGACGGUCUGGAUGAAUCGUCAUUGUCGCAGGUACGCGUAGCGCUUGCUUUGCUGGUGUUAGGUGUGGCUGCGUCAUUAGCGCUUAACGUACUCCUGUUAAGUUGGCUGCCUCGACGCGCUUUCACGGGAUUCUCCACCAAACGUAGUGUGUUGGUGCGUGAGGAGCUGUUAACCAAAUUGGGAUACACUGAUCUCCCCGUAACGCUUUUGACCAGACUGUGUGAGCGGUUACGCACAUUAUCUUCCGCGCUCCGUGCGAAGGUUGACGCGGCCAUGUGCCGCUUCUUUCCCCGCUCUCAGGGUGACAAUAGAAUGGAGAGUAUGCGAAAAAGGAUGUCGAUGAAACUAGCUACACUGGUGGAAAAGUGGAGAUCACGGUAUUCCGGCUCUGUGUCGAAUACGACAAUCUCAGAGGCUAAACCACAGGUGCUGGAGCCUGCGCCCGAAAAGGCCACAUCAGACCCUCGCCGCUACACCGACAUCGAAGUGCAGACCGAAUUGCAGCAAAAGCUUGAAGCAAUGGGCGGCACUCAACUAGUGUGUCCUACAAAUACGGGACUCCCAGCGCCAAAUUUUAUCGUCUGCAUAGGGACGCUGUUCUUAGCCUUGGUCUUCUUAUACAGCCUUAUGGUAUUUCACUGGCCAUUGGCAGUUCUACUAACGCUGCUACUGGUACCAUCACUACGCCGUGUGCGUGUUUGGAACAACACGCGAUGCAAGUGCUGUGUGGACGCCCUCGUCUGUGCCAUCUAUCUACUCUUUAUAUUUUUACUCACCACGAGCCGCAACAUGCUCACACCAGAGAACCAAGAAAAGAUCGAUGCGGCAUUUGCAAAUGGUCCUCUCAGUUCUCUACGAUUCGUUGCUUCUCCGCUCUACAACCUAUACCUCUCGGCGAGGAAGUUGACGGUAGACGAUAUUUUAUCAACGUUGAACACACCAUUCAUCACGCAGAAGAUUCUGGCGCUCGCACAGCAGCACGUACUGCUGGGCUCGAGCACGUUGCCGCUGAUUUGGUUUUGUGCGGUGCCGGUAGCCUUCCACAUUGUCUUGAUUUACACAUUAGCACGCUUUUACAAGCCUGCGGCAAAGUUAAAUUAA